AUGAUUGAAUACGCCAGACGUGCGUCUGAGGAGACCGGAAGGUCCAUCAACGCAGACGCCUUCAGAGUUCCUGGCCCAGAUGACAAUAGUGAUACACUUAUAUCUUUCGGGAUUUCCUUAGUUUCCGGCAUGGUCACUGUUCAAGGUCGUCUCUUGGAACAGCCAGCAGUCAGCUACCAGAAAGAUUCCACGGCCCGUGUAAUUGACGAAAAAGGUCGCUGGAAUCUUAGAGGCGUGUCAAAAGUGUUCAAACCAGGGCAGUUGGAGAAGUGGGGUAUUCUGAGAAUUACCCGAGAUGAAAAGGAUUUGAGGGGCGAGCAAAGCACUUUCGACGAAAGCUUUCGCAGUUUUCUUGCCACCCUUAGAAACUACCUUUGCGGAAACAAACUCGAUAAAUCAGUCCAUUUGGGGCGGCAGACGAUCUAUGAAGGGCACGAAGAUGCUAUUAACCGGGAGUUCGACCGCUGUGUGGAGCAGGAUAUCUGCUUUCUCAUAAUCGUCUUGCCCGACAGUGACGCAAGUACAUACAACCACAUUGAGAAAGAUAGGCGUCAUCAAAUGCGGGACCAACACUGUAUGUGUCUUGGGUGA